GACCCGCUCCCAUAGCGGAGAGGAGCGAACGAUAAGACCCAACAGUAGAGAGGGACGUGUGAAACCCGGCACCGCUUCAAUCAUUAGUGACUUUUAGUGCCCGGACUCAAAAGGAAACCUCUUCUCACAAUCGGCUUCCAUUGAAGAAUCUGAUAAGAAAUAAAACUCGAAGUGAUAUAGAAAAACAGCCACAUCAACGCCAUGUUUGACGCUGUCGUAGUCGGAAGCGGGGCUGCAGGUAUAGCCACCGUGGGCAACAUCCUCGAAUGCCAUGAAUCCGCGAGUAUCCUCUGGAUAGAUCCAGAGUUUAACGGCGGAAGGAUCACGAAGAAGUAUCUGGACGUCUCGAGCAACACCAAGGUUGCAGUCUUUCUGCAGUUCGCCCACGCUCUUGAGCCCUUCCGUGAGAUCGUUCGGUCGACUCCGAAGCCGAACGCAGUCCACCAUCUUGAAUGUCUCGACACGAACUCAGGCUGCGAUCUGCAGUAUGCCUCCGACAUGCUCUUGAUGCUCACCGAUGGACUCAAGCAACUUCCAAACAUCCAGCCGCUGGUCGGCACUGUGAUUGAAGCUACCUAUGAUAGCCAAUCUGAGGUCUGGUCGAUUCAAGCGCAGGACGACGAAUCCUCGUCCAUCAUUCACGACAUAUACACACGCAAGCUUGUUUUGUGUACAGGCUCAUCACCUUCAGUGUGCGACGUCGGUCCAGCUGGCCAGGUACUCAAACAGAUUGAUCUUGAUGUAGCUCUGGACCGACCAACGCUGAGAGAGAAGUUGUGGUCCGAGAAUGGGGCGACCGUAGCGGUCGUCGGAUCUUCGCACAGCGCCAUCGUGGUCAUUAUGCACCUGUUCGAAUUAGCAACGACAACCCAUCCACGUCUCAGGAUCAAGUGGUUCACACGUAAGCCAUUGCGUUACGCCACUCAAAUGGAGGGCUGGAUCCUCCUUGACAACACCGGGCUCAAAGGCAAAUCCGCCGAGUUUGCACGCAGCCACCUCGAGGAUGACAAGAUCAAGCUGUCGCCUGUAGGCCAAUACCUUGAGAAGUUCGACUGUUCGGUGAAAGAGAAUGAGGUAUACCAAGCCCAACUGCCUCAAUGCACACAUGUGGUGCAAGCCAUCGGGUUCACUCGAGAUCCCGUUCCACCUCUUCGAAUGGGCCUUUUGCCUCUUGACAAGCUCGCGUACGACAAUCGGACAGGCUUGUUCCAUGACAGUAAAGGUCAACUCAUCCCGGGAUUGUGCGGAGCGGGCAUUGCAUUUCCUGAGCGAGUUGUAGACCCGGCAGGGAACGCGGAGUACGCGGUUGGCUUCUGGAAGUUCAUGAGGUAUCUGCGAAGGGUGGUUCCAGAGCACUGGGGCAUCAGCAAGCAAGGAGAGAUGGUUCGAGUACCAAAUUGAUACUGGUGGGAUUCUGCCAGAGUUGACAGCAUGGCGAACAUAGAUAUUCU